AUGGCGAACAAAAUGUAUCAAUACAAGCCGUUAAUUGAACAAGAUUCGAUUCGACUUUUAAUUCUACCACCUUCUGCUGAUAGCGCUGCCGAUGUCCAUUGCACUUUACUUACAACAACAUUGAGCGAAUUGGAAAACGAUCCGUUUCAUGGAUAUACAGCCUUAUGUUAUGUUUGGGGUGAUCCGGGAAAGAGAAAAGUGAUUUACGUCGAUAACAAAACGAUUGGGAUCACAGUCAACCUGGAUUCCGCCCUGCGUGAGAUCCGUGACUCUUUGAGGGAACAACAUUUAUGGAUAGAUGCAAUUUGCAUCGACCAGGCGGAUUCUCCCGAGAAAAGUAAGCAAGUGAUACAAAUGACAAGGGUUUAUCAGAUCGCUCGAAACACGAUUAUUUAUCUUGGUGAGUCUACCGAAUCAUCAACACUGCUUCUGGGGGCAAUUUCACGUGCCUACAAACAGAAGGCAGGAUAUCAUUAUGAAAAGUUGGAGAGACUCUUCUCAGAACUAGUGCAGCGAUCUUGGUUCACAAGAGUCUGGGUUUUUCAAGAGUUGCUCUUUUCAGUGGACCCAUGGGUGCAGUGCGGACGACUUCAUGUCAGUUGGGGACACCUCUAUCAGGCUACUGAAGCGAUAGCAGUCGUAGGCUUUGCUGCCUUCCAGCAUUCGGAGGCAUACCGUGUAUUCGCUGCGAUGAAUAAAGAACGAAGCAAUUUCAAGUCAGCUAGAAGACCCUCCAAGAUUUUGGCAGAGAAUUUGAUUAACCUCUUAACGGCCAGAAGAGGACUGGGAGUUUCUGAUCCUCGCGAUAUGGUAUUUGCACACAAUGGUAUCGUGCAGACCUCAUCAUAUCAGACUUUCCUUGAGGCAGAAGAAAUAGCGAUUGACUACUCCAAGAGCGUCGAGAAAGUCUUCACAGAUUUGGCUUGCCACUGCCUGAAGAUAUUUCCAGAUUACAGAAGAUUGGAGAUUUUAUCAUAUAAAGAAAAUCGCACUGGUUGUCGGGCUAAAGAGAACGAGCUCGAAGUACCUUCAUGGGUACCUGACUGA